GUCUGUGACUGAAGGAUAGAUAUAAUUAUCGUACUUUCAUACUUUGUAAUCUGUAUUUGGUGUCGUAUCAGUUUAAUUCAUAAUAUUUCAUAUUUUUCAAGAAAAUUCUAAAUAGAUUAAUCAUUUAUAAACAUCUGCUUAUGUAAUUUAUCAAUAUUUUAAUAUAAAUAAGACCAUGGCGUUAACAGUUGACAAACUUACUAAUGAUGAAAGGUUUAACGGUGACAAUGUUCUUCAAUUCUUAUUAUAUUUACCACUCGGUGUGUUGCUUAUGUGCAUUAGAAUAGUUUUGGCUUUAGUACUAUGGAUUGCAUCGAUUAUAAUGCACGAUAAACCAGGAGCUAGACAUGUUCUAUCUACUCUAGCUUGUUGGACUUUUGGUGUUUAUGUAAAAGUGAAAGGAGUCCGAGAUCAGCGCUGUAGUAUUCUGGUAUCAAACUAUGUAUCCUGUAUGGAUUCAUUGGCAGCAACACACAAGCUCGGAUCAAUAAGUCUAAGAAAAUGGAAGGUGCCUCCAUUUUUUGCAUCCGCCUUGGGAAUUAAAAGUGCUUCACAAUUUGUAAGGAAGCAGCAUUUCAGUGAAACUCCGAGCAAGCCGGUUCUGCUUCAACCGGAAGGAGGGCCGACAAAUAGCAGAGGCCUGCUGAAGUUCACAGACUGGCCGUUCCCUAUAGGCAAUAAAGUGCAACCUGUUGCCAUUAGUGUGGAACGACCCUUCACUAAUGUCACAGUUCACCGAGCUGUAGACAAAGCUGCCGUUUUUCCGUGGAGGGAUGCGCUAUGGUUUCUAAUGACCCCAUGUUCAGUAUACACCAUUCAGUUACUGCCAUGCUUGGAGAGAACCGAUGAUGGUUUCGUGGAUAACAUUAGGACGACAAUUGCUGAAGCUCUGAAGAUAGAGGCAACAGAGUAUACUUGGCAGCAACUCUGUGCUCGUAGAGGUCGUGUGACCCGUGUGACGUCACGUCCGCCUCCGGAAGCAGCCCGUGUUAAGGAAGUACUGCCAGCAGUGCCGCUUAGAGAUAUUAUCAGGGAGCUUGAGAAAACGAGAAGUGUGGAUGUCACGAUCACAAACUUCCUCGAAGGUCUCGUGCCUUACACUCCUGAAGCAGAGCCCGUCGUCGAACCUCAACCCAGCACGUCACAAGCACCAGCGAAGUAUGUAACGCCGGCACCUACAGGAGUGUUCCCCAAGUCGGCGAAAGAGAGGCAAAUGAGCUUCCAAGAAAGGAAAGCCCAGAUGAUAGCGGAGGCCAGGAACCGGUACAUAGAGAAACACGGCCUGAACAUCGCCAUGAACUGUUGAUACCCGGCUGCGACCCUCGCGCGAACACGUUUGUGGUGGACCAGGGUGCAGUGUUUGUGUGAAACUGUUUCUGUUUUGCGAUGUUUGUGAUGAAUGGGUGAAGAAUAUAUUUUUAUAGCGGCCGCGUCCAGUAACCGGACUGUACAGGAAUCGUUACAGUCGUGUCGUCACUGGACGUGUAUUUUUUGUGAAAUGUUAUUUUUGCUAAUCAUUGUGGUACCAAUUUCCAAAUCAGUAACUUAGUCUAAGGCACCACGGACCCGCUUCGUCGUUGAACCACAUCAUAAGUAAUUUCUUAUCAGUAAUUUAGAUUUCUUUUUAGUUUACUAUUUGAGGAGCCCAGUGUAUGUUGGUAUUGAUUGAAUUGGGCUUUGCAGAGAUUUUUGUUUAGUGUUAAACUUAUUUUCUUUAGUCAUUAGAUCUCAUUUGUAGCAAAUUUAAUUAAACAUCAAGGACAUACGAAGGACACGGGCUUCAACGAAACAGCCUCAGCUAAACGUAACUGAUAAUAACAUGAAAGUUAAUGCGUGUAGUGUGAUCGGAUAAUGUUUGUGGAUAGUUCCAAUGAAAAGCCAAAUUUAUAGAAUACUAGUGUACAGUGUGUCCGCGCCGGCGGCACCGGGGCUGCGUGUAGUAGAGGUCAAACAAAUUAUUCCACUUGGUGAUCAAACCUGUAUUGUUCCGCUCCUUGCAUCUCCUGCCUUUGGCUUCCACACUUGUUUAGGUUAAAAUUAAAUAUAAUAAAUAAAAUAUUUGUUUCCAAAAA